CUGUGGAACUCCUUCAGAGUUCCUGGGGAGUACGAAAUUUUGAAGAAAGAUUGAAGAAUGAUCGGAAGAAUCUCGCAGACGAAAUUGUACGAGUUAUCCAUGAAAACGUUGCCUUUCAAAGCGUAACAGUACUUGACGACAUACACAAGCGUCCAACGUAUGAUGAAAUUAAAGAAAGAUGCGUGUCGGGUAUCGGUGGACUUUGCUGUGACAUGGCGCUUUUCACGUGGGAAUUGUUUAAAGCUUUAGGCUUCUCAGUACGAAGGUACCCUCUGUAGUUACUGGUAACCAUACUGCGCCUAAUAAUCAUGUGUUAUUGCUGAUUGACGGCAUUGAAAACGAAUCCAAUCUUCAUCUCGUCGACUGCGGAACAGGCUUUCCAACUUUCCGUACAAUUUCAUUGAACUUUUCCGAAGAAUCUCCGAUAUUCACGGAUGGUUUCUUAGAAUACAAAUACAUUCGCUUUGAUGGAAAGAUCUUACGGAUGCAUGGGGAAGGAGAUACGUUUAAACGUAAUAAUCCACCAAUAGAAGGCCUUGAUUUUUUUAUAGGCCGUUGGAGAAGAUUCUAUUCCUUUGAUCCCGACCAUAGACCACGUGACCCGCACAAGCCAGCUGACGAUGUAUAUCGUACAGUAGCUGCUGGCCUUACUACUUUUACGUCAACAUCUCCACGUGCUGUUUGGUUUCCAAGGAAACGUGCUGUCGCCAUCGCGAACAACAAGUUGUUCGUUGAGAACGAGACUGGCGAACUGGUGACGACUCAUUUGAAUUCUGAUGAAGAAAUUUUGAAAGCCUUUCAAGAGCAUUUUCCACAAUUUAAACAAGACACUGUACGACGUGCUUUGGCAGAAUGGAAUCGCGUAUCUCAGUGA